AGGCGCGCAAGCGCCGGAGCAAACACGACCUGGCAGACGCGCUAGACGUCCCCCAACCAUGUUCUCCACGUCGUGCCGACUACUCUCGCGGACACGCCUCCCAGCGACUAGUCUACUUCAAAUAACAUCACGGCGAUACCUCCCGGGUGUCUCAAGAGUAACAUGGACUUAUAGGAACAACAGCGGUCGGAUUCCUGUCAGCCAGCGGAGUCUCACUACCAAUGUUCCGCCAGAGGCGACGCCCGCGUCGGCCAGCAGCGACUCUCAAGGCAAUGCGGAACCCUCUCUCAAGGUUUCCACCGGCGCGACCGCGGAGGAUGUUGUAUAUUACGGGCCUCUCACCAACACCUUCCGCCGGCUCAAGAUCUUCUCCUUAUCCUCCCUCGCGCUCACCGUCUCUCUUGCGCCGUUCAUCUUCGUGAUCGAAACCACGUCCAAUCUCCCGCUGUCUGGCCGUUUCGCGCUCGCCGGAGUGGCAGUAGCGACGAGCGGAGUGUCCACCGGGCUUGUAUCGUGGGCCGGCGGACCAUAUGUCACCAAGCUACGCUGGCUCGAAGGCGGGCGCGGGGUUGAGAUGACGACCCUCACGCUCCGGCUGCGCGAGCGUAUCACGAGGGUGUACGACACCGCGUUUUUGGUGCCAGCUACGAGGCCGCUCGCGACCUUCGACUUAGCAGAGGCAUUCCAACUACAGGCGGAGGAGGUCGACCAGGGCAAGAAAGAAGGUACCUUGCCGCGGGAAGAGACGAUCGCUGAAACACUUUCGCCGCAAGGAACCGUUGUCGGGCGGUGGAUAGUACGGUGGGAUGAGAACGGGAAAGGAGCAUGUAGGCCAGUAGGGAAAGUUGUCAGGCAUUUCAACGUACACCAGGAGUUGCUUGAUAGACCCAUCCGAUAAAAUGGGCAGAGGUUGUUUUGUCGGGACCCGACGACAUGCAGUACUGUGUUGAUCUCCAUUACGCUACGCCUCAUCGUUCUCAUCAAACUACUCAGGUCUGCAUCGCACUUGAGUCGCGGAGGCUGAUUACUGGAUCUCAGUCUUCAAUCCUAGCGGGCCGACCAUCGCUCAAGAAGCCGACUCAAUCAUAAUGCACCGAGCACGGUCGUCUGGCCAGAAGAACUCGAC